AUGGCGGGGAAGGCGGCCGCCCCGGGCACCGCGGUGCUGCUGGUCACGGCCAACGUGGGCUCGCUCUUCGACGACCCGGAUAACCUGCAGAAGAACUGGCUCCGGGAGUUCUACCAGGUCGUCCAUGCCCACAAGCCGCACUUUAUGGCCCUGCACUGCCAGGAGUUCGGGGGAAAGAACUAUGAAGCCUCCAUGUCACACGUGGACAAGUUCGUCAAAGAACUUCUGUCAAGCGAUGCGAUGAAGGAAUAUAACAGGGCUCGUGUCUACCUGGACGAGAACUACAGGUCCCAGGAGCACUUCACGGCUCUUGGAAGCUUUUAUUUUCUUCACGAAUCCUUAAAAAACAUCUACCAGUUUGACUUCAAAGCUAAGAAGUAUAAAAAAGUCACUGGCAAAGAGAUCUACUCAGACACGUUGGAGAGCACGCCCAUGCUGGAGAAAGAGAAGUUCCCUCAGGACUACUUCCCCGAGUGCAAAUGGUCAAGAAAAGGCUUUGUUCGAACAAGAUGGUGCGUCGCGGACUGCGCCUUUGACUUGGUGAACAUCCACCUUUUCCAUGACGCCUCCAAUCUGGUCGCUUGGGAGACCAGCCCCUCCGUGUACGCGGGCAUCCGGCACAAGGCCCUGGGCUACGUGCUCGACAGGAUCAUUGACCAGCGAUUCGAGAAAGUAUCCUACUUUGUCUUUGGUGACUUCAACUUCCGACUGGAUUCCAAGUCCGUGGUGGAGACUCUCUGCACAAAGGCCACGAUGCAGACGGUCCGGGCCGCUGACACCAACGAAGUCGUGAAGCUGAUUUUCCGGGAGUCAGACAACGACCGGAAGGUGAUGCUGCAGCUGGAAAAGAAACUGUUCGACUACUUCAACCAGGAGGUUUUCCGAGACGACAACGGCACUGCGCUCCUAGAAUUUGACAAAGAGCUGUCUGUCUUUAAGGACAGGCUGUAUGAACUGGACAUCUCGUUCCCUCCCAGCUACCCGUACAGUGAGGAUAGCAGCCAGGGCAGGCAGUACAUGAACACCCGGUGCCCCGCCUGGUGCGACCGCGUCCUCAUGUCCCCGUCGGCCAAGGAGCUGAUUCUGAGGUCGGAGAGUGAGGAGAAGGUUGUCACCUACGACCACAUCGGGCCCAACGUCUGCAUGGGAGACCACAAGCCCGUGUUCCUGGCCUUCCGCGUGGCGCCCGGGGCAGGGAGGCGAUGCCAGCGACACGAGAGGACCCUUCGCGAGCCCUGCCUGUAG